GGUUUCAAGAUGGCGGGUAGCUUCUUCUCCUCCGACCACUCCAACAAAGUCGCCAAUCUAGUCAGCACCGCUCUUGGAAAAACCCACACGAAACCCCGUCCUGAAGUAAAAACGAUCAACAUAUUUUCCGGGUUCCUCAGACUGUUCGGGCUGAGCCCAAAAAAAAUAGGAGCCAUUGCGGUUAACGCCAUCAUCGUUGUAGCCCAACUGAUAAGCUCUUCGAUUUUGCUGACCCCUCCAUCUGAGCUGGUCCAGUCCAAGGGAAUCAAAAACGAGUCUCCUCUAGAUUGGGUGCUCAGCAACCCUGCUAUCGCUGAUCUUUUGGCAGAUGUGAAAGACGACAAGUUGGCUGACAAGGUCAUCGAGCACUUGACUGAGAGGAGCCUGGAUGAAGACAGUGGUUGUAUGCAGCUGCUGAUCUGCAAAUCGACCCCCUUCAUCAAGGGGAUGCAGGAGCAGAUCAGCAGUUCUGGUGGAGAGUAUGUUAGGAAGCAGGAUAUUCCUUUCCAGUUUUUUCCCACCGUCGAGGAGGUAGCUGAGAAUGGCGAUAGGUGUGAGAGGAAGUACAAUUAUUGUAGAAUCCCUCUUUAGGGCGAGGAAAGAGAUGAAAAUACGAAUGAGUUUGUCAACGAAACCUAUACUAAGUCUAUACUUCAGGCACUAUUAAAUCUAUUCAAUCUCAUAAUGUAAGAAUCAUUUUUAC